UUAGCACACAGAUACAGCAUAACGUCUAUUUCAGCCCCGCUGUAAGUGAUACCGCACUAAGGAACACUUUCAUCAAACUCCGUUGGGGGACAGAACACUACCCAGGCUACAGCCCAUUUAUGUGUUAUUUUUUGUUGCUGAAUAAUAACCUUUAAAAAAAACUGUGCCGAAAAAGCUGAAGUUUUCAGUAAUCGUACCAAACUGUUUAAUUUUUGUGCGCUCUUGGAUGGAAGUUUAUGCGCAUUGUUAAAACGCUGUUAUACAUGAUCAAUGAAACGGUCUUCCAUACAAGCGAUUUGCACCAUUUGUUGCAAGAGAGAGCAUUUUAAAACACACGCAGGGCUAUUUCAUGUAAAUCAAGCGACUUGGACCAUCAGCAUCUCUCCUGCCGCCCGCGAUUGAACCACAGUUAACCCACGAUAUCUGAAGAGGAAUUACAUAGGCUCUUUGAGUUACAAAAAAAUAUUCUGCAAUCAUUGCCUUUGCCUCUCGCAUGUGGACCAUAGACUUUUUUAGGACAUGGAUCAUUUGCUGUAGUGGAUAACCCUACCCCGAUGUGUGUUUUUUGUUUGAUUCCCGCUACCAGAAGAGGAUCCUUUUUUUCUCCACUUUUCCACUUCAGUGUAAUUCUAUGGCACUUCUUCUUCUAAAGCACUGAUGUCGCUACGUGACGGGAAUUGCGAUUGAUUUUCCAUAUUCUGUUUCAAGGGAUAGAAGGUCAACAUUACUAUCACUAGUGUCAAGUAAAGACAGUGACAGAGUUGCAGCCUUAAGAAAAAAAUACUCCCACCCUCUCUGAUUAUGGACUUAGCAGGUCAUGCUCAUGUGCUGGUGGUGUUACUCACCUGCCUGGUCUUGCUGUCCUGGGCCCAAGAGAAGGACUACACGGUGAGGGAGGAGCAGCCCGAGAAUGUCCGCAUUGGGAACCUACGGAAGGACUUGGACCUGAACCUUGACCCUGACUUCAAGCUGUCCUCGCCACUGCAGUUUAAGCCCGUCUACAAAACGGGCGAUGUGCCUUUGGUGAGGGUAGAGGCCAACACCGGGGAGAUCUUCACCACGGCUCACCGCAUCGACCGAGAGAAGCUCUGCUCAGGAGUAUUCAACGAGAAGCGCUGCUUCUACGAGAUCGAGGUCGCCGUUCUGCCUGACGAGAUCUUCCGUCUGGUUAAGAUCCGGUUCCUGAUUGAGGACAUCAAUGACAACGCUCCACUCUUCCAGUCCACCGUAAUAAACAUCUCCAUCCCAGAGAACACAGCCAUCAACACCCGAUACCCCGUGCCCUCUGCAUUUGACCCAGAUGUGGGGAUCAAUGGGAUCCAACACUAUGAACUUGUCAAGAGUGUAAGUGAGUUUGGCCUAGACAUCAUCGAGACCCCAGAGGGAGACAGAUGGCCUCAGCUGAUCGUCCAGCAGAGUCUGGACCGCGAGCAGAAGGACACCUUCGUCAUGAAGAUCAAGGUGGAGGACGGAGGAACGCCACCCAAGUCCAGCACGGCCAUCCUCCAGGUCACCAUCUCCGACGUCAACGACAAUCGACCGGUCUUCAAGGACAGUGAGGUGGAGGUGAACAUCCCUGAGAACGCCCCCAUUGGAACCUCCGUCACCCAACUCCACGCCACAGACGCAGAUCUCGGCUCCAACGCCCAGAUCCACUUCUCCUUCUCCAACCAGAUCUCCUCAUCCACCAAGAGGCAUUUUUCCAUAGACAGCACCACCGGGCUGAUCACUGUCAAGCAGCCCUUAGACAGAGAAGCCACUCCGGUCCACAAACUCAUCGUCCUGGCCAGCGACGGCAGCUCCACUCCCUCCAGAGCUACGGUUAUCGUCAACGUAACGGACAUUAAUGACAACGUUCCGUCCAUAGACACUCGGUAUAUAAUGAACCUUGUAAAUGGAACGGUUCUACUGUCAGAGAAUGCUCCUCUCAACACAAAAAUAGCCCUAAUUACAGUGACGGACAAGGACUCGGAUCUGAACGGCAAAGUGACUUGUUACACUGACCAUGACGUUCCUUUCAGGUUAAAGCCAGUCUUUAAUGACCAAUUCCUGCUGGAGACUGCGGCCCCCUUAGAUUACGAAACAACCAGGGAAUAUGCAAUUAAGAUAGUAGCAUCGGAUUCAGGGAAGCCUCCUUUGAACACGUCAGCGAUGGUUUUAAUAAAAAUUAAGGACGAGAAUGACAACGCUCCCAUCUUCCCUCAACCUGAGAUUCAGCUGUCCAUACCAGAGAACAAUGAUCCAUCCACGCAGCUCAUAAAGAUCAGUGCCACGGAUGCAGACAGCGGACAUAAUGCAGAGAUUAUUUAUUCUCUUGGCCCUGACGCUCCUGAUGGGUUUAACAUAGAUAGACGGUCAGGAAUCCUCUCCGUUGGCAAACGCCUGGAUAGAGAGAAGCAGGAGAAGUAUUCGUUCACUGUCAUGGCACGGGACAAUGGGUCUACUUCCCUGCAGAGCAAUGUCACAGUGAGGUUAAUAGUGCAGGACCUCAACGACAACAGCCCAGCUUUUACCCAUCCUGAGUAUAACUUCUACGUGCCUGAGAACCUGCCUCUGUACGGGACCGUGGGUCUGAUCACCGUCACAGAUUCUGACGCAGGUGACAACUCCGUCAUAACACUGUCCAUCCUGAAUGGGAAAGACAAUUUCCUUAUUGAUCCCCAGACCGGUGUGAUCAAACCCAACCUCACGUUUGAUAGAGAGCAGCAGAGCUCAUACACUUUUAUGGUGAAGGCUAUAGACGGAGGGCAUCCACCCAGCACUUCAUACGCCAAGGUCACCAUAAACGUUGUGGAUGUCAAUGACAAUCGACCCGUUUUUGUUAUCCCCUCGUCCAACUACUCUUACGAUCUGGUCCAGUCUACCACCAGCCCUGGGUCUGUGGUCACCAGGGUGUUCGCUAUAGACAAUGACACUGGCAUGAAUGCUGAGCUGCAGUACAGCAUCAUUGGGGGAUCACCAAGAGGGCUGUUUGCCAUAGACAAAACAACUGGUAAUAUAACUCUGCAGGAGAAGAUAGUCUCAGCCGAUCAGGGUUUACACAGGCUAGUGGUGAAAGUCAAAGACCUGGGCCAGCCAGAGUCCUUACACGCAAUCGCCCUCAUUCACCUGUUCAUUAACGAGACUGUAUCCAACGCUACGUUCAUUCAAGAGCAGCUACGUAAGAGCUUGGAGACUCCAUUGGACCGUAACGUGGGAGACAGUGAGGUCACACCCCAAGCCAACGGAUACGUGAUUGUUGUCAUCGCUAUUAUAGCUGGGACUAUGACAGUUAUCUUAGUCAUCUUCGUGACGGCCUUGGUGCGCUGCCGUCAGACGCCCAGGCACAAAGUGGUGCAGAAGGGCAAGCAGAGCGGCGAGUGGGUGUCGCCCAACCAGGAGAACCGUCAAAUCAAGAAGAAAAAGAAGAAAAAGAAGAGAUCCCCUAAGAGCCUCCUCUUGAACUUUGUCACCAUAGAAGAAUCCAAGCCUGAUGAUCCCAGCCAGGAGCACAUUAAUGGAACCCUGGACCUGCCUGUGGAGCUAGAUGAGCAGACCAUGGGGAAAUACAACUGGGCCACUACGCCGACCACCUUCAAACCUGACAGCCCAGACUUAGCCAAGCAUUACAAGUCUGCCUCCCCCCAGCCAACCUUCCAAAUCAAACCAGAGACCCCGAUGGCGCCCAAUAAACACCACGUGAUUCAGGAGCUCCCGCUAGACAACACGUUUGUGGUGGGCUGUGACUCGCACUCCAAGUGCUCCUCCACCAGCUCAGACCCGUACUCGGUCUCAGAGUGCAGCUGUCAGGGGGGAUUCAAGACUUCUGGGCAAAUCCACACCAGACAGAAUCAGGGCCAGACACCAGAGAAGUCCUUCAGCUCAGUCGCAUCUACUUGUCCCCAUAAGGAGGGUUGUCUUCUCAGCAAGAUAACGUCUGCAAACACCCAGCGUCGUGUGACGUUCCACCUCCCGGAUGGUUCUCAGGAGAGCUGUAGCGACAGUGGUCUAGGGGACCACGAGCCCAGCAGCACUGCCAGCACCACUCAGCCUCUCCCUCUCGGCUUCCCCCAGGAAGAGUACUAUCAACAGACCUCGCCCAACAGCCGCACCGAGGGAGACGGAAACUCUGACCCUGAGUCCACCAUAGUUGAGGUGAACCUGGCCAAGGCGCUGGCGGAAGCCUCGGAGACGUGCACCCAGGAAUGUCUGAUCCUGGGCCACUCCGACAGCUGCUGGAUGCCCCCCUCCCUGGUGACCCAGUUCCAGUCUCCGUCCAACACGGGUACCCUGCCUACCCUGCCCUCCUUUGGCUUCCAGCACCAGCAGAGCUCCCCAUGGGCCAGAGGAGCCAAGGCGGAUGGGCGUCAGUGCCAUACCCUGGGCAGGUCUGUGCCCAAAGACGAUCUGGCUAAAGGGAUGAACCGGCCGCAGUUCUACAAUACUCUGGAAAGACACUGCAGCAGCAAGAGUAAGGAGUCUGACCCCAUCAAGGUCAUCCCUCUGGCAAGCUUUUCCUCAUCUUCGUCAGGCCAGCAGACCCCAGCCAACGGAGGAUCCUCUGCCUUCUUACAUGAGCAUCAGCUGUAAGGGACCAGAGUAACACCAACCAGUUUGUCUAAAAUAUCUUGGUGUAUAUUUAACAUCAGUAGUAAGGGGCUGUAAGGGGACAGAGUAACACCAACCAGUUUGUCUAAAAUAUCUUGGUGUAUAUUUAACAUCAGCAGUAAGGGGCUGUAAGGGAGCAGAGUAACACCAACCAGUUUAUCUAAAGUAUCUUGGUGUAUAUUUAACAUCAGUAGUAAGGGGCUGUAAGGGGACAGAGUUUGUCUAAUGUAUCUUGAUGGUUUCUGAUUAAUGUGUGAACAUGGAAUGUGGAGGAAGUGACAAAACUGUUCCUCUGUCUCCACAAUGUUGUUCCUCACUCUCCACAAUGUUGUUCCUCACUCUCCACACUGUUGUUCCUCACUCUCCACACUGUUGUUCCUCAGUCUCCACAAUGUUGUUCCUCAGUCUCCACAAUGUUGUUCUUCAGUCUCCACAAUGUUGUUCCUCACUCUCCACACUGUUGUUCCUCAGUCUCCACAAUGUUGUUCCUCAGUCUCCACAAUGUUGUUCCUCAUUCUCCACAAUGUUGUUCCUCACUCUCCACACUGUUGUUCCUCAGUCUCCACAAUGUUGUUCCUCAGUCUCCACAAUGUUGUUCCUCAUUCUCCACAAUGUUGUUCCUCAGUCUCCACAAUGUUGUUCCUCAGUCUCCACAAUGUUGUUCCUCACUCUCCACAAUGUUGUUCCUCACUCUCCACAAUGUUGCACAGAAGUGGAUCUGACAAUGGCUGUAAUCAUAUAAAUGGUAGUCCUAUACCAAAGUAGAUCCACAACAGAAACAAAAUAUAUAAAACAUCAUAAUUUAUGUUUGGUAGAGAUUUUUGCUGAUGAGUAAUCAAAAAUAAUUUUGACCCCCUAUGCGUAUUGGAACCAGCUCAGCGGAACCUUCCUCCACACAAUUUACUUAACGAUAAACGAAACGCAAACACACAGUAUAGCUUUGUGAACCCAAGGUGAAUGUUGUAUAUGUCCAAUCUCUGGUGAAAUAUUGCUUAGUGUAUCCAGCAAGACAUUCAGCUCCAGCUCCAACUGAUGAUCCAAGUUACUUUUUGCUCUCGUCUGAAUAUGUUUAUAGGAUCCCGUCUUAUUCAGGGGUCUGCAGACACAUACCUAAGACUCAAUGGACAAAAAAUGUUUCACUCUGUGUCGUGCAAACACUUUAUAUAAACAUAGAGUACAUGGGCCACCCCCCAUGAUAUGCCCAACACUGUUUCUCUUCAGAUGUUUCUUGUAUGGCGAGUUAUGAUGCCUUUGACACCCCUUUCCCUGCCCUCUAUUGCAAACCUACUCAUUUUCUACAUUAUCUUCCCCACCUGAUAGGAACCUACUCAUGUUCUACAUUAUCUUCCCCACCUAAUAGGAACCAACUCAUUUCUAACAUUAUCUCCCACACAUAAUAACAACCUAUUCAUUUUCUACAUUAUUUUCCCCACCUAAUAGGAACCUACUCAUUUUCUACAUGAUCUUUCCCUGUAAUAACCACCUACUAAUGUUCUACAUGAUCUUUCCCCUGUAAUAACAAACUACUAAUUUCAACAUUAUCGUAUCCUCCUAAUAAAAACAUACUUAUUUUCUACAUGAUCAUUCCCCUGCAAUAACAAACUACUAAUUUCAACAUUAUCUUACCCUCCUAAUAACAACAUACUUAUUUUCUACAUUAUCUUUCCCCUGUAAAACAAACUACUAAUUUUCAACAUUAUCUUACCCUCCCAGUAAGAACCUACUCAUUUUCUACAUGAUCUUUCCCAUUGUAAUAAGAACCUACACAUGUUCUACAUUAUCUCCUGAGAAGAAGCCUUGAACAGCACAGACAGAGGUUCCAUGCAAGGAGCUAUAACUUUUCUUGUUUUACUUUCCCACCAUUAUUUCACUUCAUUUAUCUUCCUUUCAUAUAAUAUAACGUGUAUUGUACGCAUCGUAAAUGAGUGCUAUGGAGACAAUUAAGAACAUCUCCCAGUUGUCUAGUUACUUUGAGCUGUGAUCUCCACAGUAGGUAUUAGCUGUGGUUGACAGGCUCUGUAGUAGUUGUCUACUCUCACUGAAACAUAAUGUAUUUCUAGUAGUCAGGUAAUGAAAAAGUGGAGACAUAUACAGAGUCUGGAUGCAAAUAGCUUUUUAUUUGCUUUAAUUCGUGCCCCUAUCUCGUCAGGAUAGUAACCACUAUAAUGAGAGUUUCUGUAUCCAUAUAUAUAUGUAUCCAUAUGCAAGCACCUUUAAGCUCGAAGGAUGAAUUUACCAUAUUCACAUAUUGACAUACACCCUUUUGUAAAAAUGAUUUAUCAUACGUUUUAUCCACUAUAUCUUUGAUUCAACCAUAUUUCCAUAGUUUCAAGGGAGUUCAUUCUGGAUAACCACUGACUGUCAUGGAUUCGGUAAACAUUGCAUGACCAUCACCAGUUAACAUAUUUAAAUUAAAAGUCUCCUCUAGCGGCUUGUGAAAGAAACAGGACAUGUUUAGGGUACCAUUCUCCCUGCAGGGUUAGACAGUAACAGGACAUGUUUAGGGUACCAUUCUCCCUGCAGGGCUAGACAGUAACAGGACAUGUUUAGGGUACCAUUUUCCCUGCAGGGCUAGACAGUAACAGGACAUGUUUAGGGUACCAUUCUCCCUGCAGGGUUAGACGGUAACAGGACAUGUUUAGGGUACCAUUCUCCCUGCAGGGUUAGACAGUAAAGUGUGUCUGCGCUUGGUUGAGACUCUGCUUGCAUUCAGAUUACAUUUCGGGUCAGGUAUCCAUCAGUGUAGAAAUGCAUUAGCGAAGCCGGGGUUUGUGAAAUUACGUGUGUCAUAAGAGUGUUAUGUGGAAGGGUCAAGGUCAGGGUCAAUUUCAUCUCACUUCUGGUCAAUUAAGGAAAUGUAUUGAAUUUGUAUUAAUGAAUUGAAUAAAUCCUACUCAUUGAACACGGUUAACCUACUGCCCAACCAAGUCCCAAUCAUGAAUUGGAUAUCAAUUCCUUUUUUGCGGAGUAAUGAUUUCCUUCUAUGUCAUCCUGAAACAGCUCCUCACUGCAGUUAAAUGUUAAACACAUUUGUCUUUCAUCAAAGACAACAACUACAGACAGGACAGAGUACACUGACAUAUGCAAACAAAUCACAAAGCACUUGCUUCCUUCAGACAGUGACAGUGAACACAGGCCUGCCAAUGUGUGACGUGUGAUUCAGUAACAUUCCAACUGCAUAUGCUGUAGAACGAUAAUAUUGACACUUAACAACGACUGAAACACACAAAAUCACACAAUAUACUUACAGUAUAUAUACUGAACAAAAAUAUAAACGCAACAUGUACAAUGUUGGUCCCAUAUUUCCUGAGCUGAAAUAAAAGAUCCCUGAAAUGUUCCAUAUGCACAAAAAGCUAAUUUCUCCCAAAUUUAUGGCACAACUUUGUUUACAUCGCUGUUAUUGAGCACUUCUCCUUCGCCAAGAUAAUCCAUCCACUUGACAGGUGUGGCAUAUCAAGAAGCUGAUUAAACGGCAUGAUCAUUACACAGGUGCACCUUGUGCUGGGGAGGCCACUCUAAAAG